AUAUGCUAAAAUCUAAAUGUCUAGUUGUCAUUCUUGAUAAAAACAAUCGAAAUGGAAAUAUUAUAGUUAUUGUUACGUUGUAUUGCUAACUUUAUUAAUUCCAUGAACAAUUAAACUAUUAUCAAUAACUAAAUAUGGCUGGAACAUAUUACUUUGUAAUAGUAGGCCACUCGGACAAUCCAAUUUUUGAAAUAGAUUUCAUUCCAGCCACCAAAGAAGUAAAGAAAGAAGACAACAGACACUUGAAUCAGUUCAUAGCUCACGCAGCUCUUGAUUUAGUUGAUGAGCACAUGUGGAAGGUCACCAAUACAUACCUCAAGUCAGUUGAUAAGUUCAAUCAAUGGUUUGUCUCCGCAUUUGUGACUGCUAGUCAGAUGAGGUUUAUAAUGGUUCAUGAUGCACGCAACGAAGAUGGUAUCAAGAAUUUCUUCACAGAUGUUUAUGAAACCUAUGUGAAACUCCUCUUAAAUCCAUUCUACAAGGAGGACACUAUUAUUGCAUUCCCAGCAUUUGAGAAGAAAGUUCAGCUACUCGGAAAAAAAUAUUUAACUUAGAAAUAGGCUAUUCUUAAUUUUAAGAAUAAUUUGUAUGUACUUGUCAAUAAUUUUGUUGCAAAAACAACUCUGAAAGCGGAUUAUAAGCUCUUCAAAGAUUAUUUUUUUAAACUACAAUAGAAAAGUAUCUGUUACAAUUUUGUAAAGUUAUUUAAUUUCUAAUUCAGACAAAAUUAAAAAAAUUAAACAAAUUGUUACAAAACUUUUAUUAAAACAAAAAAAAAUACUGUUCAUAUAAAGCUGUUGAACUUAUGCAAAAAGCUUUUGAACAAUAUUAUUUUUAAGAGAAUACAUUGGUUUUUAUCCAAAACACUAUCUCAUACGAAAAUGUUAUCAUAUAUUUAAGUUAUAUUUAAACCAAAUGUAAAUAUAAAACAUUGUUAUAUAUUAAGGAAUUAAAUUAGUGAAAUAUUAA